UGAAUCUGACUGACAUUAGGGAGGGGGACCUUACGUGCGUCCUUUUUCUUUUUUCUUUUUAAAAAUUGAUAUUGAUAUUCAUUCAUCAGAGUAUGGGACAGCAUAUACAUUGACAGUAACUGGCCUAACCUGAAUGAAAGACCGAUCCAAUUACCAUUUUUCUUUUCUUUUUUAACCACCGUUUGAAUCAAAGUGAGCGAAUGCGAAUGAGCCCUUUCCUUUUUGGACUUUCGCGAAGGCCUGCCUUGUGAUGUGAUGGACGGGACGGGACGGGACGGUCAGAUAUUUCUCUCUGUUUUUGGGCUAGAAAUCCCCUAGUCAGUCAAGCAGGCAGGCAGGCAGGUGACCAUGGCUUUCUUCUCCUUCUUUCUUCCAUAAGGCAUGGCAUUAGCAAUGGGCAUGAUGACACAGAAGGAUAAGUAGUCUCAGACUUGCAUAAACACUAAACAGAACUUGAAUCCCAUCAUCAAUCAAAAUCAAAGGGGGUGAAGUAGCGGAAAUGGAUAAGCAGAGCUGCCCUCCUCUCAGACUCAGACUCAGUCUCAGUCUCACUCUCAGCUAGUCUUCACUCUUCUGAAUCAAAACAGAUUUCGUACCCAUUCCAUGCUCUAAUACAAGUAGAAGUACAAUACGACACAAGCAGAGCCUGGCCGAGCGGAGCCAAUGGGCGCGACAAGCACUGGACUCUUCAUUCUUGCAGCCUCCCCGUCGAUGCGCUCAGACUCACCCUCCUCCUCCUCCUCCUCCUCCUUCAAGUUCAAGACCCCUUCAGUCGUCUCCUCCUCGGCUCCUCCUCCUCCUCCUGUCGCCACCUCCGCUCCCGACCAACCCACCGUCAACCCCAAGAAAUUCACCUAUAGCAGAGCCUCGCCUUCCGUCCGCUGGCCCCACCUCCACCUCUCCCACCACACCUACCCACCUCAUCCCCAGUCCCUGCCUCCUCCUCUUCCUCCCCGCGUUCCCCAAGAAGAAGAAUCCGACGUCCCCCCGGACGAUGUCGAUGAGCCUUCACUCUUGGACGUGACCGACGAGUCCCGGGAAGUGCUGGGCCGCCCCAGCCGGACCAGGGUCAAGAAGAUGAACAAACUGGCCCUGAAGAGGGCCAAAGAUUGGCGCGAGCGGGUCCUCUCCUUGACCGACAGCAUACUCAAAUUGAAGCCCGACGAGUUUGUGGCCGACGUGCUAGACGACAGGUCCGUUCAGAUGACCCCGACCGACUUCUGUUUCGUGGUGAAGUGGGUGGGCCAGUCGAGCUGGCACCGGGCUCUCGAGGUCUACGAGUGGCUGAAUCUUAAGCACUGGUACUCCCCCAAUGCCCGCAUGCUCGCCACUAUCCUCUCCGUUCUCGGGAAGGCCAAUCAACAGGCCCUGGCCAUCGAGAUAUUCACCCGAGCGGAGCCCUCUGUUGGAAAUACUGUCCAGGUUUACAAUGCCAUGAUGGGCGUCUAUGCCCGGAAUGGCGGGUUUAGCCAAGUCCGGAACCUGCUUGACGUAAUGCGGGAGAGGGGGUGCGAGCCCGACCUUGUGAGCUUCAAUACUCUGAUCAAUGCCCGUGUCAAGUCCAACUCCCUGGAGCCGAAUCUGGCUAUCCAACUCUUGAAUGAUGUUAGGGCUGCCGGGCUCAGACCUGACAUAAUUACUUACAAUACACUGAUCAGCGCGUGUUCUAGAGAGUCUAAUCUGGACGAGGCAGUCAAGAUUUAUGAUGAUAUGGAAACAAACAGGUGCCAGCCUGAUUUAUGGACUUACAAUGCCAUGAUUUCUGUUUACGGUCGAUGCGGACUCUCUAGUAAGGCUGAAGAGCUCUUUAAUGACUUGGAAUCCCGAGGGUUUUUCCCCGAUGCUGUGACCUAUAAUUCCCUGUUGUAUGCUUUUGCAAGGGAAGGGAGAGUAGAGAAGGUUAGGGAGAUCUGUGACGAAAUGGUAAGGAAAGGGUUUGGCAAGGAUGAAAUGACUUACAAUACUAUUAUCCACAUGUAUGGAAAGCAAGGCAAGAACGACUUGGCAUUGCAAGCUUACGAUGACAUGAAAUCCAGUGGCCGGAACCCUGAUGCUGUGACUUACACAGUGCUGAUCGAUUUGCUCGGGAAAGCAAAUAAAAUUAAGGAAGCGGAGAAGUUGAUGUCGGAGAUGUUAGAUUCUGGAGUUAAGCCAACUUUGAGGACUUACAGCGCUCUUAUUUGUGCGUAUGCUAAGGCUGGGAAGCGAGUGGAGGCUGAGGAGACUUAUGACUGCAUGCGAAGGUGUGGGAUUAAUCCCGAUACCCUUGCCUAUUCUGUUAUGUUGGACAUAUUGCUGAGAUUCAAUGAGACAAAGAAGGCAAUGGCAUUGUAUCGAGAAAUGGUUCGUGAUGGUUUUAUGCCGGAUCGUACACUGUACGAGGUCAUGCUCCGCACUCUUAUGAGGGAAAACCACCUAGAAACCAUUGAGAAGGUUGCCAGGGACAUGGAAGGACCAGGCGGCAUGAACCCUUCAGUCGUUUCAUCAAUCCUCGUGAGGGGGGAAUGUUAUGAUCUUGCUGCAGUUAUGCUAAGACGAGCCAUUGUCAACGGGUAUGAGCUGGAUCGUGAUGAUUUACUAUCUAUAUUGGGUUCAUAUAGUUCCUCGAAGAGGCAUUUGGAAGCACUGGAGCUGCUUGAAUUUCUAAGAGAACUUGCUGGGUCGAGUCAAUUGUUAAGUGAAGCUUUGGUUGUCAUGCUCUGCAAGGCUGAUAAACUGGAUAGUGCUUUGGAAGAGUAUAACAAAGCAAAAGGCUUUGGUUCUUUUGGCGGAAGUUAUCUCUUUUACGAGUCACUCAUUCAAUCCUGUGAGAAAAACAAACUCUUUGUGGAGGCUUCUCAGGUUAUCAGUGAUAUGAGAUUCUAUGGUGUCGAACCCUCAAAGCAUCUGUACCAAAAGAUGGUGCACAUAUAUUGUGAAAUGGGCUUUCCCGAGACAGCUCACUACCUGGUGGACGAGGCAGAAGCCAAAGGUAUCUCUUUUGAUGACGGUUCCAUCUAUGCUACUGUAAUUGAGGAAUAUGGGAGAUUAAAGCUGUGGCAGAAAGCUGAAAGCUUGGUGGGUAGUCUUAGACAGAGGGUUUCGGUGGAUCGCAAGGUGUGGAAUGAACUGAUACAAGCCUAUGCUGAAAGCGGUUGCUAUGAAAGAGCAAGGGCGGUUUUCAACACGAUGAUGAGAGAUGGUCCUUCUCCUUCUGUGGAGUCUAUCAAUGGUCUCCUGCAAGCUCUCAUCACCGACAGAAGAUUAGAUGAACUUUACGUCAUUAUUGAAGAGUUACAAGACAUGGGUUUUAAAGUUAGUAAGAGUUCUAUUGUGUUGGUGCUUGAUGCAUUUGCUCGAGCUGGGAACAUAGUUGAAGUGAAGAAAAUAUAUGCUGGGAUGAAGGCAGCUGGCCAUCUCCCGACCAUGCAUCUCUAUAGGACUAUGACUGAAUUGCUCUGCAAGGGAAAAAGAGUGAGGGAUGUUGAAGCCAUGGUGUCCGAGAUGGAGGAUGCAGGAUUUAAACCUGACUUAUCAAUAUUAAAUUCUAUGCUCAAGAUGUACACCAGAACUGAAGAUUUCAAAAAGACAAUUCAAGUGUACCAGCAGAUUAAAGUAGCUGAACUUAAACCUGAUGAAGAUACUUAUAAUACUUUGAUUAUCAUGUACUGCAGAGACCGCCGACCCGAGGAAGGUAUAGCACUGAUGCAUGAAAUGAAAAGCUUUGGCUUGGAACCUAAGUUGGAUGCAUAUAAGAGUCUGAUAUCGGCCCUGGGCAAGCAGGAGUCCCUGGAAAAAGCAGAGGACCUUUUCAGGGAGUUGCAAUUGAAAGGACACAAAUUAGACAGAUCUUUCUAUCACAUAAUGAUGAAACUAUAUAGAAAUUCUGGAGACCAUUCCAAAGCUGAGCAACUGUUUUGCAUGAUGAAAGAAGCAGGGGUGGAACCAACAACCGCCACAAUGCAUUUGCUCAUGGUUUCCUAUGGAAGUUCCGGCCAUCCUCAAGAAGCUGAGAGAGUGUUUAAUAAUUUAAGUGAAACAGGUGUGGAUCUCAGAACAUUGCCUUAUAGUUCAGUCAUUGAUGCUUAUCUAAGGAAUGCCGACUACAAUGUCGCAAUUGAAAAGCUGGGUAAGAUGAAGGAUGAAAGUCAGAAACCUGACCACAGAAUAUGGACAUGUUUCAUCAGAGCUGCCAGUUUGUCGCGGAACUUGAGCGAAGCAGUUAAUCUCUUAAAUGCACUUGGACAUGCUGGUUUCGAUCUUCCAAUCAGGUUAUUGACAGAAAAAUCCAGCUUGCUAGUUUCAGAAGUAGAGCACUUGCUAGAUGAACUACAACCCAUGGAAGACAAUGCUGCUCUGAAUUUUGUUAAUGGUUUGGAGGAUCUAUUAUGGGCAUUUGAACUUCGUGCUACUGCUUCUUGGGUUUUUCAAUUGGCAAUCAUGAAAAGGAUAUAUCGAAACGAUGUAUUCAGAGUUGCCGAAAAGGACUGGGGGGCUGACUUUAGAAAAUUAUCUGCUGGAGCAUCUCUUGUUGGGCUUACUUUAUGGCUUGACGGAAUGCAGGAUGCUUCCUUGCAAGGCUCUCCAGAAUCUCCAAAAUCGGUAGUUCUGAUAACUGGGACUUCGGAGUACAACUCGGUUUCACUUAACAGCACGUUAAAGGCAUUCCUGUGGGAGAUGGGUUCUCCCUUUCUACCAUGUAGGACAAGGAGUGGGCUGCUGGUAGCUAAGGCCCACUCCUUGAGGAUGUGGUUGAAGGACUCCCCAUUUUGCUUGGACCUUGAAUUGAGAGAUGCUGCAUCCCUCCCGGAAGUGAACUCAAUGCAGCUUAUUGAAGGAUGUUUUAUGAGGCGUGGGCUUGUUCCUGCAUAUAAGGAUAUCGUUGACCGGCUCGGUAUGAUUUGGCCCAAGAAAUUUUCUCGGUUGGCCCUAUUAUCAGAUGAUAAGAGGGACAAGGCUAUUCAAGCUGAUAUUGAGGGGAGUAAAGAGCGACUUGAAAAGAUGAAAAGAAAGACUGGAAAUAGAUGUACAAAGAAGGGCAGGAAGCUCCAAAAGGGGAACAUUUUAGGAAUGCCAUGCUUCGGGUUGAAGACACUUGACCACAGAAGCAAUCACUGAUAUGCAUGCUCUUCUAGAGAAGCUGAGGGCUUUCAGUGUGUAACAACUUAACAGUAAGCAGUUGCUCAGUGGAAAGGCUAAGAUGACUUCUG